AACUGAAACCAAUGUGAAGUGUCAGACACAGUUGAACAAGAGACAGGACUAUGGACACUGGUGCUACAGACGGUGAAACGCCAGCUGAAUUUGAAUGCCCUGUUUGUAAAGACUUCUUUGUUGAACCUGUGUGUUUACCUUGUCAACAUGUGUUCUGCCACUGUUGUCUCACAGAAUCACUCAAAGUAAAAAAACACUGCCCUGCCUGCAGGAAUCCGGAUAUUGGGCAAAUGACAACAGCCAUUGAUGUCAUCAAGCAGAUGGAAUGCAGAAGUGGCACCUGUAUGGAAUGCAGUUCUGUGGUGCCUUUCAGCCAAAUGAGAUCCCAUCUUACAAGUCAUGUCUCUGCAGUGAACACACAGAACAUACACGAUUUCAGACUAUCAAUGAUGACCUUUCAAUGUCCUUACUGUCAGGAGACAGGACUUGAUGAUCUUGACCUCUUGAAUCAUUGUAAUGAAAACCAUGGGUUUGACAACAGGCGUGUGGUGUGUCCCAUCUGUACAUCCAUGCCUCAUGGAGAUCCGUCUUAUCAAAGCAGGGACUUCAUUGGACACUUAAACCUGAGACAUGGGUUCUACAUAGAUGACUAUGUGGAUACAGCACAAAAUGAUGCAAUACAUGAACAAGGUGCAAUUUUAGCAUCAUACAAUGCAUUGCUGCAGUAAAUUGUUACAUAUUUUUAUUGUAAUAUAUAUAUAUAUAUAUAUAUAUACUAGGCCAAUGAAAACUUAAAAUGUAGCAACAGCUUACAAGAGGGAAGAGGACACUACUAGGGUUCUCAGUUUGCUCUCCACCGUGCAUCCUGUUCACCACCCCAGAAAAUCUGUACAGCAAAUAUAGAAUUAAGAGCCAUCCAGCAGUACCCCUAUAGUAUGACAUAUGUUUACUGUGCAAACAAACUAGUGGCACUGUUGUACUGGAAAAUGUAAUGUUUUGAUUGCCAGCAUGCAGUUUUUGUAGUUAAUUGUAAUGUCGCUCAAUUCACUGCUACCCUAGCACCAGUUUGGUACCUGUCCCGAGUAGCAUGGUAGAACAAGAGAGCACUGUACUUCCACUUCUGAAAUGUUUGCUUCCUUGAUUUAGGGUCAUAUUAUUUAAUGAAUGUUGUUAUGUAGUCUGUCUUGAAGGUUUACUUUUGGUAAUAAGAUUUGUAAUUAAGGCCUGUGACAAUUUUAAUUUCAUUUAUAAUUAAGUCUUUGAAGUUAUAUGAUGUUUCCAAAAAAAUAAUGCAUAAUAACAAUGGUUUGUUUCAGUAAACUGGUUUUGGGUGGCAGUUUUUGCCUCUUCACUCUAGGUUCCAAUUUAUUCUAUAGUUAUUUAAUAACAGUAUCUAUUAAACCUGUAUGGAAAAGACCUCCAUGACUGGAAUUGUUUACCCUUAGUUUACUAUACAAACUAUCAAAAUGAUUGAAAUAUUAAUGUAAAUCAGUGAGAUAGUCAUAGUCAAUUACAUUUGUCUAAUAAUCAGUCAGGGAUGUUCGUUUUCAAUUAAAUCCUAAAUUAUAGAUUUACUCUGUAACAGCCCACUAAUUAUAAAGCACCAAGGAAGUAAAAUGUAUGAUAUUGUUUUAUUUUCUGUUAAAACAUAUUGUAAUACUGUAUUCAUUUUCACAAGUAUGAGCACUCAUAAGGUAUUGCAGGGUAUAUUUAGUUGGUGGGUAGCCUAUCCUGUGCAGUAGUGUUAUAUUCUGUGUGAUAUUGUAUUAAACUGGCAGUAAAUAUAGUAACAAAUAUAGUCUAUUUGUUACAAAUUGUCACAUGUGUGCUCGUCCCACCACUUCAGUUACUUCUACAAUACACAUUCAUCCUGCUUAAACCACAGAUUACUGAUUUGGCCUGUACUAAAUGCCUCCUGGAACAUCCAUGUUUUGAAUAAGAUCUGUUAGGUAAUAGGGCUGUCAGAUUCGCUGGUAGGAUGGAACCAGCAAAUCAGAUGCUAGUUAACACGAGCAGGAAAAGAAGGGCACGCCCACUGCU